AUGUGUAUAAAUUGAUCUGCUGAGACGCUCAGGAGGGGACCUGAGUGUGGAGUCCAAAUCAUAGAAUAGAAUGGACCCUGUUGCUGCGCCACCGCACCCUUAAGUAUACGAAAACCCCGUCAACUUCGUCUCCUUCUCUCACUCCUCUGCAUUUCACGUGUUAUAACCUGCUUAAGUGAUUUUCCCUUCUCGUCAAAGAGCCCAGCUGAGUGUACAGAAAGCAAUGGAAAAUAACUCCGUUUCCAAGUUGUUUUUGUUUUGUGUUUUGGUUUGGUUCCUGAGUUUGGGUUUCCGGCCGAUCCAUUGUAGCGUCACCUACGAUAAGAAGGCCAUUGUCAUCAAUGGGCAGAGGAGAAUUCUCUUUUCUGGGUCUAUACAUUACCCCAGAAGUACUCCCGAGAUGUGGGAGGAUCUGAUACAGAAGGCAAAAGAUGGAGGUCUGGAUGUGAUUGAGACCUACGUUUUUUGGAAUGUUCAUGAGCCUUCUCCCGGCAAUUACAAUUUCGAAGGGAGAUAUGAUUUGGUGAGAUUCAUAAAGAGUGUACAAAAGGCCGGGCUCUAUGCUAAUCUCCGCAUUGGACCUUAUGUUUGUGCAGAGUGGAAUUUUGGAGGGUUUCCUGUUUGGCUCAAAUAUGUCCCAGGCAUCAGCUUCAGAAGAGACAAUGAGCCUUUCAAGAGAGCAAUGAAAGGAUUCACUGAGAAGAUUGUUGGACUGAUGAAGAGUGAAAAACUAUUUCAGUCCCAGGGCGGCCCCAUCAUACUCUCUCAGAUUGAGAAUGAGUAUGGGGCACAGAGUAAGUUACUUGGGGCUGCUGGCCACAAUUACGUCACUUGGGCGGCAAAUAUGGCUGUUGAAUUGGGAACUGGGGUCCCAUGGAUUAUGUGCAAGGAAGAAGAUGCCCCAGAUCCGGUGAUAAACACGUGCAAUGGCUUCUACUGUGAUUCAUUCACUCCCAACAAACCCUACAAGCCCACAAUGUGGACAGAGGCUUGGAGUGGCUGGUUUUCGGAGUUUGGUGGUCCAAUCCACCAGCGACCAGUCCAGGAUUUGGCAUUUUCAGUCGCUCGAUUCAUACAGAAAGGAGGGUCCUUCGUUAACUACUACAUGUACCAUGGAGGAACCAAUUUUGGACGUACAGCUGGGGGCCCUUUCAUCACUACAAGCUAUGACUAUGAUGCUCCAAUAGAUGAAUAUGGUUUGAUUAGGCAACCAAAGUAUGAUCAUCUGAAGGAGCUUCACAGGGCAAUUAAAAUGUGCGAACAAGCUUUGGUUGCAGCCGAUCCCAUUGUGACUUCAUUAGGGAGCUCUCAACAGGCUUAUGUAUACUCAUCAGAAUCAGGACAUUGUGCAGCUUUUCUUGCAAACUAUGAAACAAAGUCAGCUGCAAGAGUAAUGUUCAAUAACAAGCACUAUAAUUUGCCCCCUUGGUCCAUCAGCGUCCUUCCUGAUUGCAGAAACGUAGUCUUCAAUACUGCAAAGGUUGGAGUUCAAACAUCACAAUUGGAAAUGUUGCCGACAAAUGUUGAGAUGCUCUCAUGGGAGAGCUACGAGGAAGAUAUUUCUUCUCUGGAUGACAGCUCAACAAUUACAGCUUCUGGUCUUUUGGAGCAGAUAAAUGUCACAAGGGAUGCUAGUGAUUAUCUAUGGUAUAUAACUAGUGUUGAGAUUGGCCAGUCUGAAUCCUUCCUGCGUGGAGGUGAACUUCCCACUCUCAUUGUUCAAUCAACAGGCCAUGCUGUCCAUGUCUUUAUUAAUGGAGAACUUUCAGGAUCUGCCUUUGGGACAAGGGAGAUGAGGAGAUUCACUUAUACUGGCAAGGUCAAUCUGCGUGCUGGAACAAACAGAAUUGCACUAAUGAGUGUUGCUAUUGGUUUGCCGAACGUCGGUGGCCACUUUGAGACAUGGGACACAGGAAUCCUUGGUCCAGUUGCAUUGCAUGGACUUGAUCAGGGAAAGUGGGACUUGUCCUGGCAGAAAUGGACCUACCAGGUAGGGCUAAAAGGAGAGGCCAUGAAUCUUAUUUCUCCAAAUGGAAUUUCCUCUGUUGAAUGGACGCGUGGAUCAUUAGCUGCACAGAAACAACAGCCAUUGACUUGGCAUAAGACAUAUUUCAAUGCACCAGAAGGAGAUGAACCACUGGCCUUGGACAUGGAGGGCAUGGGAAAAGGUCAAAUAUGGAUUAAUGGACAGAGCAUUGGGAGAUAUUGGACUGCAUAUGCUAGCGGUAAUUGCAAUGGGUGCAGUUAUGCCGGAACAUUUAAACCGCCUAAGUGUCAGCUUGGUUGUGGCAAGCCCACCCAACGAUGGUACCACGUGCCUCGGUCUUGGUUGAAGCCAACACAAAAUCUGCUGGUUCUCUUUGAGGAACUUGGUGGGGAUUCCUCAAGGAUUUCUCUUGUUAAGAGAUCGAUGACUGGUGUUUGCGCUGAGGUCUCUGAGUACCAUCCAACCCUAAAGAAUUGGCACAUUGAAAGCUCUGGAAAAUCAGAAGAGUUCCAAAGACCCAAAGUUCACCUGCAGUGUAGUCAGGGGCAGACCAUAUCUUCAAUUAAAUUUGCCAGCUUUGGAACUCCUCUAGGAACUUGUGGGAGUUACCAGCAAGGAACAUGCCAUGCCACAACCUCAAAUGCUAUCUUAGAGAAGAAGUGUAUAGGAAAGCAGAGAUGCACAGUCACCAUAUCCAAUAGUAACUUCGGGCAAGACCCAUGUCCAAAUGUGUUGAAGAGGUUAUCAGUUGAAGCUGUUUGUGCUCCCAUGGCUACUACAAAUUGGGGUAAUUAAUCAGGUAAAAGAGGCUAGAACUGCUGAUAAAUGUUGUAUCUGACUUUUAACAACAUACUAGUAUACCGGCAAGAGAAGCAAGAAAAGAAGAAUAAAAUGAAGGUAUAGGAAAAAGGUAUUCUAGUUUGUUUAGGUGGAGUGCAUAUAGUCUGUCAGGUGGGAUGGUAGCUCUGGCCAAAGUGCUUGCUGCCGAAGGCAAUUAGUUCUUAAUUCAAGUGAGGUUAAUGAAAUUAGUGUGAAAUAGUGAUUUUUAGUAGGUGAGUUUGUAAAUGCCAGGGGUCCUACAAUUUGGUCCCUGUGUUUAAAUUUAGAGCCCCAGUCCCCUACCUUUUUAACCGGAAAUGGGCAACUGGGAAAAGAGGUGGUGGUUUUCUGUUCAGUGUGAUCUGUAUUUCUGUUUGUAUUAAUGGGGAAAAAUCAACCCCAAUUUGGGUUCA